UUGCUAUUGGUUCUAGCUGUGUGUCAAUUUUGUUGUCUGUUUGUGACAGUCAAGAUGGACAAAGUUUGAUUGUUUUUAUCGAUAUCAUAGUAAUAUGCACUCCAAUUAGUCUAAAGAGGAAACUUGUGGAUCUCGAAAUAGUCUUGCACCGAGUUGUCGAAUUGCUAAAACCUACAAGAUGAAGGUUCAUUUAUGGAUAUUACUGCUAGUCUCAUUACUACUUACUCCAAAUGUUUCAUCAAAAUCUAAAAAAACGAAAUCAGUUACCACCUUGUUGGAGGCCAAAUGGGCUGCAAGUCCUCUAGUAUUAGAAGUUGCUGAGUAUUUGGCUGAUGAAAAUGUAAAUUUCUAUUGGGAUUUCAUAGAUUCUCUAUGUGGAAUGGAUGAGCCUUUAAAUGAAAUAUAUAAUGAUAAAGAAAAGUAUGAUAAAAUAAUGGAGCAUGCUUCAAAGUUAGUAACUGCUCAGCAGUUGUCUGUACUCAAACUUGGCCUGUCUUUACAUAUUUAUUCUCCGAAAGUGGAGAUGUUUGCUCAAAUGGCAAGGGAGAGAAAUUUAUUGGAUUGUCCUGCUGUGGCUGAUGUCAAUGGUGAAUUAAUUUGUGAUGCUAAUAAACUGAAAUCUGCAAUUGCCAAGGUUCAUUCAGAGAAAACCAUUCAAUUAUUCCAAGUUGAUACACAUUAUCCAGGCUCUGAGAACAGAAGUGUUGCUGUAGUUUUAUAUGCAGAACUAGGCACCAAAGAUUUUGCUAAUUUCCAUCAAGUAUUAAAACAAGAGGCACAAGCUGGAAAUAUUGAUUAUGUUGUCAGGCAUUUAGUUAAAGAACCUUCUGACCGUCGAUUAAGAUUGUCUGGGUAUGGAGUUGAACUCCAAAUGAAAUCCACUGAAUAUAAAGUUCAAGAUGAUUCAAACGUCCAAGAUAAAGAUAAAUCUGCUGAAGAUGUAUCUCAGGAGGAGGAUGAUGUUGAACUUGAGGGAUUCAAUUUUGGAAAAUUGAAGACGUUAUUCCCUGACCAUAAGAAAGAUUUGGAAAAAUUCAAACAAUAUUUGGAAGAAACUUCAAAUGAAAUGGCACCUUUGAAAGUCUGGCAAUUCCAAGAAUUGAGUUUGCAAGCAGCUGAAAGAAUCAUGUCUGCUCCUAAAGAAGAAGCCCUAAAGGUAUUCACGAACAUCGCGCAGAAUUUCCCUAUGCAAGCUAAAGGAUUAGUUAAAACUGUCGUUCGGGAAGAACUUAAAAAGGAGAUGAGAAGAAAUCAGGAUAUCUUCAUGGGAUCGCUCAAUCUGCAAUCAUCCGAUACCGCUCUUUUCAUCAACGGACUUUAUUAUGACGUGGAUUUGGUGGAUGUGUAUGGAAUUUUGGAUGUUGUUAGACAAGAACUGCGAACGAUGGAGGGAUUGCACUCUAUAGGAGUAGGAAACAAAAGAUUAUCAAAUCUAUUAUCUUUAGAUUUCACCGAAUCUAAUAGCGGACAGGAUUUUGCAAUGGACAUUCGAGAUUCAGCUAUUAACUGGGUCAACGAUAUUGAAACAGAUACUAAAUACGGCAGGUGGUCAAGGAGUUUGAUGGAUUUCCUGAGGCCAACGUUCCCUGGAAUGCUUCGUCAAGUCAGGAGGAACUUAUUCAAUUUAGUUUUAUUAAUUGAUCCAGUUGAUAGAGAUUCCAGAACUUUAUUGAAAUUUGCUGAAUCUUUUGUUGUUCAUACUGCUCCUUUGCGUGUUGGUAUUGUCUUAGCGGCACCGUCUUCUACGACUUUGACAGGAUUAGAAGAUCCUGCUGUUGCGAUGGUCUGCGCCUUUAAUUACGUUUCGCAAAAGAAAGAUUCUGCAGCAGCUCUAAGUUUCUUGACAUCCGUUUUAGGAUCGGUAAAAGAUGGGUCUAAAGUGACUGUAGCUGAUGUUAAGGAACAAUUGAGAAAGAAAUAUAGUGCUGAUAUCGAAGAUGUUCUGGGAGAAGAUUCCGAUUACGAUUUCGGAAGACAGCUUUCUGAAGAUUUCAUUAGACGCUCAGGUUUACAUAAUUUGCCACAAGCCAUGAUCAACGGCAUUCCUUUACCUUCAAACCAGUUGAAUGCCGAUGAAUUUGAAGAGGCUGUUUUAACAGAAGUUAUGUCCCAAACGCCAAAUUUCCAGAAGGCCAUAUAUCGCGGAAAACUGCAGGAUAAGGAUGAUGUACUUGAAUAUAUCAUGAAUCAACCUAACGUUAUGCCAAGAUUGAACGAAAGGAUUCUUAGUAAAGAUAAUGUUGUUUAUUUGGAUAUGACUGGGAAGGCUGCAAGUACAACAAAUAUUCCUGAAUUGCUCAAAUUAUCACCAAGGGAAAUGUCUGCCACUGCUUUGGAAAAUUUGAAUUAUUUCCGUUUGAUACGCAAAAGUGAUAAGUAUUAUUCAAUGACUUAUUGGAUCGUCGGUGAUUUGAAUUGCAAACGCAGUCGAGAUUUAUUGUUGGCUGCACUCGAGCAUAUGAAAUCUUCCGGUGAUUCGAGAGUAGCUUUCUUGCCGAAUGUGAACGGCGAUGAAGAUAAUAAAAUUAAUAAAGUCGUCUUAGCCGCAUUGGAAUUACCACCAGAAAAAGCGUUGAACUAUGUUAUUUCUCUAUUGAAAAAUGGAGACAUCGAAAGUGGAAAAUACGAUAUUCCUGCCGAACUAUCAGCUAAAAUUGAAUCUCAAGAACUGUCACUUAAAAUGUUACGUGUUUAUGCUCAGAGAGUAUUAAACUUUAACGUUGGCUCUCGAGGUGUUGUAGCUAACAGCCGAGUUUUGGGUCCUUUGGAUGAAAAGGAAGAGUUUAGCAUUGAAGAUUUCGGUUUACUCGAGCAGUAUAGUUCAGCAACAUACAUCGAUAAACUUCAGCAAGCUUUGGAAAAGACCAAAGAGGAUUACGGAGAAGUAUCAAGUGAUUCUUUCAUGAAAAUGGUAAGUUUGCUCGUGUCUCGUCCGCAAUCAAAAUCAAGAUUUGAAAUUGCUUCCGAAAAUGACGAAUAUUCAGUGAUUAAAAUACCAGCGGUAGAACCAGAAAAGGCCGCUUUUGAUAUUGUGGCUGUUGUUGAUCCGGUAUCGAGAGGCGCUCAAAAGAUAGGUCCAAUUCUGCAGGUUUUACAAGAAGUUUUAAAUUGUAAUAUUAAGUUGUUCUUGAACAGCGUUGAAAAGAACAGCGAUAUGCCAGUUAAAAGUUUCUACCGAUUCGUAUUGGAAUCUGAAGUACAAUUUGGCGAAGAUGGUAAACAAAUAGCAGGGCCAAUAGCGAAGUUUAAUAACAUGCCGCAAUCACCUCUACUUACGCAAAAUAUCCAUGUUCCUGAAAAUUGGCUUGUUGAAGUUGUUCGAUCGGUUUACGAUUUGGAUAAUAUUCGUUUGGAAAAUGUUGAUAACAAUGUCCACAGCGAAUACGAAUUAGAACAUUUGUUAGUUGAAGGACAUUGUUUUGAAGCAACUACACUCAGUCCACCUAGAGGUCUCCAAAUAACUUUGGGCAGCGAGAGUAAGCCUGUUAUAGUUGACACUAUAGUGAUGGCUAAUUUAGGUUAUUUCCAACUGAAGGCAAACCCUGGUGCUUGGAUAUUGCGCUUGAGACAAGGUAGAAGUGCAGAUAUAUACGAUAUUGCUAGUCACGAAGGAAGCGACACCCCACCGAAUUCCAAAGAUAUCAAAGUUGUAAUAAGCUCGUUGAGAUCGAACAUUGUUAAGUUGAAAGUUUCCAAAAAACCUGAUAAAUUAUCUAUGGAUUUACUCUCCGAAGAUGAUUCAAAUUCCGGCAUUUGGAAUUCGAUUACAAGUUCAUUCACUGGAUCUGAAGAUGACUCUGAAGAGAAGUUAAAUAUAUUCUCUCUAGCUUCAGGGCAUUUAUAUGAAAGAUUCUUGCGCAUUAUGAUGUUAUCCGUUUUGAAAAAUACCAAAACCCCAGUGAAAUUUUGGUUUUUGAAGAACUAUUUGUCUCCUCAAGUUAAGGAUUUCCUUCCUUACAUGGCUAAAGAAUAUGGUUUCGAAUAUGAACUCGUCCAAUAUAAAUGGCCUAGGUGGUUGCAUCAACAAACCGAGAAACAACGAAUCAUCUGGGGAUACAAGAUCUUAUUCCUUGACGUGCUUUUCCCAUUGGAUGUUAAGAAAAUUAUCUUUGUCGAUGCUGAUCAAGUUGUAAGAGCUGAUAUGCGUGAGUUGCAACAAUUGGAUUUGGGUGGUGCUCCUUACGGUUACACUCCGUUCUGCGAAUCACGACGUGAGAUGGAAGGUUUCCGGUUCUGGAAGCAAGGUUAUUGGAGGAACCAUCUUCAAGGUCGUCGUUACCACAUUUCUGCACUUUACGUAGUCGAUCUUAAAAGGUUCAGGAGAAUUGCUGCCGGCGACCGGCUGCGUGGUCAAUACCAAGCGCUCAGUCAAGACCCUAAUAGUUUAUCCAAUCUGGAUCAAGAUUUACCAAACAACAUGAUCCAUCAAGUAGCCAUCAAAUCAUUACCACAAGAGUGGCUCUGGUGCGAGACGUGGUGUGAUGAUGAUUCUAAACGCCAAGCGAAGACUAUUGACUUGUGUAAUAAUCCAAUGACCAAGGAAGCCAAAUUAACAGCCGCUGUGCGGAUUUUGCCUGAAUGGAAGGGUUACGAUGAGGAGAUUAGAAAAUUGCAAGAGAAAAUCGAUAAAGGCAUUUUGGAUACAGAUCCUGCUGUUGAACAGGAUAUAGAGAAAAAAUCGACUGAUAUACAUACAGAAUUAUGAUGAGGUUAAUGAUUCGUUUUCUUUUUUUUUAGUUUAAUGUGUACAGUUUAUCAACAAUCGGGUGUUUAAGAAUAUAUAAAUCCUCUAAUAAACAAACAUCUUGAAUGGAUUGUUGUUACCAUGA